AUGUUGGCCCUAUGUUAUUUGAUAGCGAUAGCUUUGCCGUUAUAUAUCACGCAAAUAACGGUAUCAAAUGAUGGAAGUCUGCCAACACAAGCAGGAAUAAAAACUGACAAGGAAAUAACGGCUGUAGCUAAUGACAGUAAGGCAAAAGAAAAAUGGCUCAAAUGUGAGCUAUGCGGUAAGCAAUUCGUACAUAGAGAUGCUCUAAAAUGUCAUAUGAGGAUACAUACUGGUGAAAAAAACUACAUAUGUAGGAUAUGUCAUAAGCAAUUCGGGCGUUCAGACACUUUGAAACGCCAUAUGAGGAUACAUACUGGUGAAAAAAGCUACAUAUGUAAGGUAUGUAAUAAGCAAUUCGGACAUGCAAGCUCUCUGAAGCGCCAUGUGAGGAUACAUAAAGGUGAAAAAAAUUACAUGUGUAAGGUAUGUGAUAAGCAAUACGGACGUGCAAACUCUCUGAAAUGGCAUAUGAUGAUACAUACCGGUGAAAAAAAUCACAUGUGUAUGGUAUGCAACAAAACCUUCUAUCAGCAUUCAAUCCUGCAGCGACACAAAUGGACGCACGAAAACGUCCGAUUCGAGUGUAAACAAUGCGGUAAGAAUUUCACUCGAAAAUAUUAUCUGAAUGAACACAUGAAAAUACACAAAAGUUCGGGUGAAAAGCUGUAUCUGAAUCAAAAGAAAUCGACGUGCGAGGAAGUACGACCAUUCAAAUGUGAAACGUGCGAUAAAAUAUUUAAAAUGCGUCACCAUCUGAAAAACCAUAUGAAGAUACAUAUGGAUAAAAGGACAUUGAAAUGCGGCGAAUGCGAUAAAGUAUUCAAAUACCCUUCAAAUCUGCUGCGACACAAAUUGGCACACGAAGACGUGCGAUUCGAAUGUAAACAAUGUGGAAAGAAUUUCACUAGAAAGGAUAAUUUGAAAAUACAUAUGAAAGCACAUAAAAGUUCAAGUGAAAAGCUGUAUUCGACAAUGAGCUUCUUGAUGAUGUCGAUAGCCGAUGAUAUCAUUGAUACAGAAAUAUUAGUAAUGGAAAUCCUUGCAUUAACAGGUGUAUAA